AUGGAAGUGUCAGAUGGGGAACAGGAAAAUUCAGACAAAAACAGGCAACUGUCAUAUGGGGAACAGGAAAAUUCAGACGAAAACAGGGAAGUGUCAGAUGGGGAACAGGCGAAUUCAGACGAAAACAAGGAAGUAUCAGAUGGGGAACAGGAAAAUUCAGACAAAAACAGGCAACUGUCAUAUGGGGAACAGGAAAAUUCAGACGAAAACAGGGAAGUGUCAGAUGGGGAACAGGCGAAUUCAGACGAAAACAAGGAAGUGUCAGAUGGGGAACAGGAGAAUUCAGACGAAAACAGGCAACUGUCAGAUGGGGAACAGGAGAAUUCAGACGAAAACAGGGAAGUGUCAUAUGGGGAACAGAAGAAUUCAGACGAAAACAGGCAACUGUCAGAUGGGGAACAGGAGAAUUCAGACGAAAACAGGGAAGUGUCAUAUGAGGAACAGAAGAAUUCAGACGAAAACAGGCAACUGUCAUAUGAGGAACAGGAGAAUUCAGACGAAAACAGGGAAGUGUCAGAUGGGGAACAGGAGAAUUCAGACGAAAACAGGCAACUGUCAGAUGGGGAACAGGAGAAUUCAGACGAAAACAGGCAACUGUCAUAUGAGGAACAGAAGAAUUCAGACGAAAACAGGCAACUGUCAUAUGGGGAACAGAAGAAUUCAGACGAAAACAGGCAACUGUCAGAUGGGGAACAGGAAAAUUCAGACGAAAACAGGGAAUUGUCAUAUGGGGAACAGAAGAAUUCAGACGAAAACAGGGAACUAUCAGAUGGGGAACAGGAGAAUUCAGACGAAAACAGGCAACUGUCAUAUGAGGAACAGGAGAAUUCAGACGAAAACAAGGAAGUGUCAGAUGGGGAACAGAAGAAUUCAGACGAAAACAGGCAACUGUCAGAUAGAGAACAGGAGAAUUCAGACGAAAACAGGCAACUGUCAUAUGAGGAACAGGAGAAUUCAGACGAAAACAGGCAACUGUCAGAUGGGGAACAGGAGAAUUCAGACGAAAACAGGCAACUGUCAUAUGGGGAACAGAAGAAUUCAUAG